AGAUGGAGCCUGUGCAGUCAUCCCAGCAGCAGCAGCAGCAUCAUCAGUGUGUAUCUGUGAGAGUGUGUGUAGCAGCUUAAAAGGGGGGAAUCUGGACACCCUCUCUGAAUAGAAGAGGACCCUCUGCAGGCAGGCCGUGCUUUAUUUUUCCGCCCAUCUCAAUGUGUUUUUUACCAAAUGGAAGCAGAGGUGUUGAACCCCCAGAUGAUGGCAGACGUCAAUGGCAACAAUAAAAUCACCAGCGCGGAGCUCGAGGUGCUCAAGCUGCAGGAACUGGUGCGAAAAUUGGAGAAGCAAAACGAACAAUUGCGGACUCGAGCGAACGCUGUAAACAAUUGCUCCAUCGGCCCUCAUCUUCAGACCUCGUUGUCGUGUCUGCACGGGGGUACGGCGUGCUCGAGCGACAGCUUCUCCGCUAAAUAUGACGUUUCCAGUGUCCCCGCACCUCGAGGCUCAGCGGAGGAACCUUUCGCCUAUUUUCAGCCGAGCUCGGCGUCUCCUGAUGCCGCUGUGGAGGACAGCGGCGCCGCUGGAGACACAACUGUUUUGGAUGAGGUUGAGAUUUUGGACCUCAACGCCGUGCUCCCCGUCUUAGAGCCUGAUAGCUGGCUGUAUGUGAGUCCCAAAGCUAAGCUGCAGGGCCACAGUUUCCUCAGCCCUCUCCAGUGGUGCAGGCAGGUACUGGACCACCCGGGGCCUGAGGUGGAGCUCGCUAAAAUGACCCUCUGUCACAGACUGGACCAAGCAAAGCGGUGGCGAGGAGUGUCCUCCGUUCGUCCGUACAGCUGCAUAGAGGGGCUCUCCACCCUCAGCUGCCCCAUCCUGCCUUACACUAAACCUGCUGCACUAACCGAGUCCUCAGCUCCGUUGCCGUCAUCUGGCCAGUCCUAUCUCCAGCCGAGUCUCCCUCUCAGGGCCAGCUGCAGCCUCGCUGACAGAACACCCACCUUCCUGUCAAACUCCACUCUCCACAACGCGGGCCGUCGGCGUGCGGCGAUUACCCCUCAGUCUUCCCUGGACAGCGAGGUGGGUGUGUCAGAGCUGGAAGAUGACUCGAUCUCCAUGAGCUACAAACUGCAGGACAUGACAGAUGUGGAGGUCAUGGCACGACUUCAGGAGGAGAGCCUCCGACAAGACUACGCCUCUACCUCAGCCACAACCACAGCUACGGCCAGCCGUCGCAGCUCCAGCUUCUCCUUGCACACCCUCAGGCGCAGUCAGAUGGAUCUCGAGGAGGAGGACGAGGAGGAUGAGGGUUACGACCAGCUCCCACCUCCCCAACCUCGACUGUUCCGCACAGGCUCUAUGCAGCGGGGCAGCCUGCCCCACUCUCACACCUUCUCCAGUUUCAGAGACUGCAGACGCAGCUCGACCACCCAUCAGUUUUCACUCAGUGGACACUCCCAGUACUCUGGACCCUCUAGCCUGAUCACAGAGACACAAACAGCAUACACGAAUAGCACAGACAAGCUGCGAAGAAGCAUGCCCAACCUGAUCCGAGCUCCCAGCAUGCCUAGUGUCCCCAGCAUUCCAUGCCUGGCUUCCCCUGUCAACCCACCCUCCCACGGUCCCUCCUCUUUGCCAACGAUGCCCUCCCUCCGGAACAGCCAGAGCUUUGACUCAUCGAGUGGGCUUGCACGACUCCAGUCCUCCAUUCCUUCCCCAGGGCAGCUCAGUCAGCGAGUCCAGAGUGUCGGGAGUUUCCCUACAACGGCGCGACACACUCUAAAAGCCACAGCCUACGUAAGCCCCACAGUCCAGCAGGGACCCACCUCCACCUCUCUGUCCACCUCUGCCAGUCUGAACUCCAUCUCCAGCAGUGCCGCGCUGCCUCAACCCCUCAAACCCAGCAGCAGCAUUAGUUUGCUGCCACAGGCCCUCAAACCCACCAGCACCAACCAGUCAGCUGUCCCCCGCAGUUCCCUCCCUCGGCCAGCCUCCUUCAUAGGAACAAGCGGCGUUCCACGUCCCAGUAAAAUCACCCAACCCACGCGCAGUUUGCUUACUCCUCCAAAGAGCCUGGCUGCUCUGAGUGCCCUGAGGGACGGCAGCUGGAAAGAUGGCUGCUACUGAACCCAAAUAAGCUGAAAUUUGAGAGGUGCACAGGGUAUCGCUGUGUAGGCACCAGCUGAUUUAAAAUGUCUCUUUCAGCAGGUCUCUAGACUUGGGCUGCGACCUGUGAGAGUGACAGUUAUCAUGAAUAUAAGCACUACUCCUUCCUGAAGGACAAAGUGAGGACUGAUGAGCGUACAGGUCCAGCAGGCUGGAUCUUAACCUUGACUUGACACACCAUGAAACAACCAGGCAAUACUCUGAUAAUCAGCUGUUAAAUGUGAAACGGAUCCUCUCUGAUAUGUGUUUUUUGGUUUGUCGUUGUUAAUUCUUGCAUUGAGCAGAAUAAACGUCUCUCUCCAACCGAAAGCUUAGAAAAAUAUAUCCCAUGCUUUUGUACAUGCUUUUAAUGAUUUCAUAUGAUUAGUUUUGGAAGUACUAUUUUUUUCAGACUGUGGUGUCAGAUAUGAAGUUGAACCUGAAGUUGGAAUUUUGUUACUUCCUGUGCCUGUAAAAAAAAAAAAAAGUAAAAAAGAAGAAGAAGUAAUGUAAUUUAUGUUAGUUAUAGUUAUUGGCUGGACCUUGCAGCACUUUGGAUCAGAAUUCUGAUUAACACAUUGAAUUUUUUUUAAGUAUUAGAUCCAUCAAUGACCUUGUACACACUUUAUCUUUUGUUUAGUUUCUUUUUAUUUAAUGUUUACAUUCAAUUCCGAAAUGUUCUUUGAUAAGCGUAACUGCUGCAGUGAUAUUGCACAAGGAGCCCUCAUGCUUUUAAUGGAUGGCAAGAAAUUAAAGAGGAAGUGAAUUUUUAAAGUGAAUAAAAGCAUUUCAAAACGUU